UAAAGGUUGUAGGGCAGGCGGAAUCCCCCCCAAAACAGGCUGACCCUCCUCCAUCAGUGGCAGAUGGACAAUACUAGGAUGAACUCCUUCUUAGAGUAUGCAAUUUGUAACCGUGGGACGGGCGCCUACCACCAUUUAGAGCAAAGCUCCCCUUCCUUCCCCUCUUGCUCAGGUAGCCCCUCCAGUGACACUUUUCAUGGAGAAGGGCGCUUCGGUGCUGGGGGCAGCGCGGGUUCGGCCGCUCACCUCCCCCCGCAGAGCCCCGGCUUUUUCCCCUCCGCCUCCGGGCGCUCCGUGCCCUUCGCUGCCGCUGCCCCGAGCUCCGGCUACCCAACCCAAAACUGCAGCCCCGGCUACGGGCACCACCAGCUUUACCUCGGCCAGCAGGAUGCAGACGGCUUGUACUUCCAGGCUGCCGGUUACUCCUCGAGCACCGGACCCCACCUCGGCUCCUUGCCGGAGGCUUAUUGCGGUGCCGUAGGGCAGUACCAGCAGCAACAGCACAUUUACGGGCAGGAGCAGCCCGGUUACUUGGCCGGGGUUUACGGCAACCUCUCGUCUUCCCUCAAUGAGGACAAAGACCCCGCUUGCCCCUCCGAGCCGUGCCCCAAUGCCAGCGCUGCGCGGACCUUCGAUUGGAUGAAAGUGAAGAGGAACCCCCCCAAGACAGCCAAAGUGUCGGAAUAUGGGCUGCUGGGCCAACCCAACACCAUUCGCACCAACUUCACCACCAAACAGCUGACGGAGCUGGAGAAAGAAUUUCACUUUAACAAGUACCUCACCAGGGCCCGGAGGGUGGAGAUCGCCGCUACGUUGGAGCUCAACGAAACCCAAGUCAAAAUCUGGUUCCAGAACAGGCGGAUGAAACAGAAGAAGAGGGAAAAGGAAGGUCUCGCCCCUCCUGCUGCCUCCAGGUCCGCGAAGGAAGCGAGCGAAGCCUCGGAUCAAUCCAACUGCACCUCACCUGAGGCCUCCCCCAGCUCCGUGUCCUCCUGA